GACUAACGUAAAGUUUACAGACAGCGGUCUGCCCCAUCCAAAGACCCACAAAAUCUCUCUGUCCAAGCUCUGUUCAGUCUUCAGCUGAAAAAAGCUCCGACCUUGGAGCCGUCGAGUCCCCGCCUACGCUACCCCUACAUCCUAGAGCGCGAUCUAGGUGCCUCCCAUUGCCUGCAACUAGCUAACUAACUGACUACGACUCCAUGGACCGGAGGCGAACCGACAGCCCGGUCUACGCCCGCCAGUGGACGAGCGAGUCCACCACCACUGUCGGCGGAGCUACAUCUCCUGCAAUGUCGCCGGUGCGCGGCCACCACGCGCGGUCCUCCUCCGCCAGCGGAAUCUCCAACAUUAAACGCACUCAGAACUUUGCCGCCAAGGCCGCGGCCCAGCGCCUCGCUCAGGUCAUGGCCUCUCAGACCGCCGACGGCGACGACGACGAAGAUGAUGAUCUAGGAUUCCGGUACAGUGUUCCGCCGCCGCUCUGUGUCGAGGAAUGCCAACAGUGCCGGUGCUUAGCUCGGAACUCCUUAGACGUAACUCCACAAGUUCACUCAACAUCAGCAGGAAGGCCAGCAAUGUCUCUUCGUGCAGCACCUCCAUUGGUACCACCCAAUAGAACAACACUGAGGACAGCAACUUCCAUGCCGCCAUUGGAUCCUCCCACCACUAAUAGCAAAAAAGAGAAUAGAUUCUUGUCAGAAAUAGGAAAUUACAAAUCAAAAGAUCCAGGAGAUCAACGAGACUCUUCUUCACUCCGUGAUGAACUUGAAAUGCUACAAGAAGAGAAUGAGAAUAUUCUUGAUAAGCUUAGACAUGAAGAAGAGAGAUGCGAUGAGACAGAGGCUAGAAUUCGGAACUUGAAAAACAGUGUGCCUUUAUUAAACAUGAAGUUUGCUUUUGUGAGUCUUCAGGUUGCUGCGUUUGGCGAAGGCUUGUCUUUGGAUGCAAAAUUCUUGAGCAGAAAGGAAGCUGCCUUGCGGCAAAACGAGGUUGCACUUAAAGAUGCAAAACAGUCAAAAGAUGGGGCCUUUAAGGAAGUUGCGUCCCUUCGGUCUGAAGUUGAGAGAGCAAAAGAAGCGAGUGCCACUGUUAUGAGACAACUUCAUGGAGCUGAAUCAGAAGUGAAAUCCUUACAGUCAAUGACACAAAGAAUGAUAUUGACUCAGGAAGAAAUGGAAGAAGUAGUCCUCAAGAGGUGUUGGCUUGCACGCAAUUGGGGUUUAGCUGCAAAGCUUGGUAUAUGUGCAGAUAUUGCAGUAUCUAAGUAUGAAUACUGGUCAUCAUUAGCUCCUCUCCCAUUUGAGGUCGUCAUUUCUGCAGGACAAAAGGCUAAGGAGGAACGUUGGGAAAAAGGUAAUGAUGAUGUUGAGAGGAGAAACAAACUGGUGCAAGACUUGAAUGAUCUAACUGGAGAAGGAAACAUUGAGAGUAUGCUUGCAGUUGAAAUGGGAUUGAAAGAGCUUGCUUCCUUGAAGGUUGAGGGUGAAAUUGUGCUUGCAUUGGCCCAACAACGGUGUCCAAACUCUGCUCGAUUAUCAUUCUCGGGUUUUUCAGAUAUCAAAUCACCUGCUGAUCCAAAGUUUAUGGAGGCCAUUGAGUUGAGUCCAGAGGAGUCGGAGGAUGUUCUUUUUAAGGAGGCAUGGCUUACUUAUUUUUGGAGAAGAGCCAAAGUUCUUGGUAUAGAGGAGGACAUUGCCAAAGAAAGAGUUCAAUUUUGGAUUAACCGCGGUAGGCAUGCACCGACUUCACAUGAUGCUGUUGAUGUUGAGGAAGGGUUGAUGGAACUCAGGAAAUUGGGAAUUGAGAGCCGGCUGUGGGAGGAAUCCCGCAAGGCAAUCGAUCAAGAGUACUCUUCCGCAUCUGUUGCGCAGAAAUCCGCUCCACAAUGAAGCUAAGCUUGACAGUAAAUAUCUCUUAGAUGUAUUAUGAUCAGCUAUUGCCUGCAUUUUUUUUCUUGUUAGUUCAUUUAUUUGCGUUAAACUGAUUUUGUUGGAGCAAUUUUAUGAGAUUCUGCCUAACACGGCGGCCGUAGUUAAUACACAUGAGAGGUGAGUUCGUCUCUUGUAAUACGUAGACAUAUUCGCAAUCGAACACCAUCAGUUCCAAUUUUUGUACAGAUCGAAUUUCAGUA